AUGGCUCCGGGGAACUGCUCAGCACCAGUCACCUUCGUUCUCUCUGGACUGACGGAUGACCCUCAGCUGCAAAUCCCGCUCUUCCUGGUGUUUUUAGCCACAUACAUCACCACUUUGCUAACGAAUCUGGGCAUGAUCGCAUUAAUCAGUAUCGAUCUCCGGCUUCAGACCCCUAUGUAUUUCUUCCUCCAGAAUCUGGCUUUCCUGGAUGCUGUUUAUUCCACAGUCAUCACUCCUAGAAUGUUAAUGACAUUUUGGGUAGAAAUGAAAGCAAUUUCAUACACAGCUUGCGUUACGCAAUAUUUCAGCUUCGUUCUGUUGAUCGUCUCGGAGUGCUUGCUGCUGGCAGCGAUGGCGUACGACUGGUACGUGGCCAUCUGUAAACCUCUGCUCUAUCCCCUCAUCAUGUCCAAGAGGACCUGUUGGAGCCUGGUGAAGGGUUCGUACCUCUGGGGGCUUCUGAACUCGGUGAUCCACACUGGGGGGCUGCUGAAACUAACCUUCUGUGCCUCCAACCUGGUGAACCAUUUCUUUUGUGACAUCGUCCCCCUCUUCCAGAUUUCCUCCUCGGGCACAGCUCUCAACGAGCUGCUGGUUUUCACUCUCGGCAGCUUGGUCGAGAUGAGCAGCAUCACCACCACCUUCAUCUCAUAUGUCUUAAUUAUUCAAACCCUGCUGAGGACCUGCUCCAAGGAAAGAAAAUCCAAAGCCUUCUCCACUUGUGCCUCACACCUGGUGACUGUCGCCUUGUUCCAUGGAACAAUAGCCUUUAUGUACUUCCAACCAGCCACCAGCCACUUUCUGGGCACAGACAAACUCAUGUCCUUGUUCUACACGGUGGCCAUCCCCCUGCUGAACCCCCUCAUCUACAGCUGGAGGAACAGGGAGGUGAAGGACGCCCUACGCAGAGCCAUAGCCACCAGAACUUUGCUUCACUGA